CUAUAGAUUUCUGAGAUAUUUUUCCACAAAAAAACGCAGCUUUAGAUGCGUUUGUCAAAAAAAAAAAACUAUUCAAAAUUUUACAUUUUUCUUGACAGCUCCAAAAUUUUGGGACAAUUUUUUUCAACUUUUCUCAGAGGCUUUGAAAUAGAAGAGAAUUUUUGUCAACUUUAGAGCUACCACCCCAAUCGAUCAACUCAAAAGAUACAGCGAUGAAAGAUAAAAGUGGCUACCAAGAAAUGGGACAGCCAUCGUUAUUCCUAAAACCAUAAAUUUUGUAUCAAGCAUUUUUCCACUUUGAACAUAUAUUUGGAAUGAUUCAAAUCCCAAUUAUUUUUCUGGUAAAUGUUUCGUGAAAAAGAAACAGAUUUUUUUACGUGGCGAUGCAUAUGUGUCGAGAGGUUUUAAAAAAUUCACGAAAACAGAAAAAUAACAAAAACUUGGCAUUUUCUUGAAACACACUGCUCUCGAAAUGGGUACUAAAGACACGAUUAGAACUUUUUUGAGGUCGGUGACAACCCCGCUGUUUUAAAAUCGAUCUCCAUUUUUCUAUAGUUAUUACGAAAAAAUCGUUACCGUUUUACAUAAAAACUUUUUUUUUUUACAUAAAAAAACGACUUUGAAGUUUAAACGAUCACCGACGACUCGGAGUUUAACGUAUCCGAUUUUUAGAUUUCAGGUAAACCGUUUAAGCUGAAGUGUCACUGCCUAACGUGAAAAGCUCUUCUAAAUCGUUACUUCCGAAAGUUUUUUCGGCAGCCAGUUCCCGCCAACGAGUCCAUCAUCUGUGUGCGACGUUUGUUUCGUCUAAAGUAAAUGAAUUCGAAAUGACGACAAAAAACGCGAAACUCGUUCGAAAAUUGACGUUUAUAUAAUGAUGAUGAUCAUCGUUGCUGUAGAACUUUAAGCGAUUUCUCCAUAUUCGAGGAUACCUCGAAUUUUUUCCUUUGACAGAAAUCAAAAACAGCUUUGAGUUCAUCGUUUUCCCAUUUCUGUUGGCCGAAAUGUUGACACUUGUUUUUUUCGUCCGAGGCGACACCUACGCGGUUAUUCUCGAGCUGGAACGUACACUGAGUUGUUUAUAGAUUUCUAGAUCGUCGAACCAAUUUUUUCAAUAAUAGAACUCAGGCGAGAUUCUUCGUUCAGUAGAUUACAGUGGUAACGACCUUACACAAAACCUGUCACGAGCAAAAUUGAGGUCACAGCUAAUAAUUUAUUAUUUACUCAGGCAUCACUUGUUCGAUUGUGUGCAAAACUCGCAUACAGCAUUGUCGAUGAACGAAUGGAGAAGAGCAUGCGAGCGCGUGGAAGGAUUAUUUUUAGAUCGUCAUGAUUAUUUCGCGACAUAACCUUUCGCGUUCGCGCAUAUAUAAUUUAGUAAUUUGCCAAAGCGUGUUUGUCGAGGUAUGACGCGUUUUGUUGUGACGUUCGUUUGACUCUGGCACACGAAACUAUCGCAAAGCAAAUGUAGCACAAAAAUAAACUUUCGUCUUUUCGACUUCACGCACAGUGUUGCAGGAGAUGGUUGAGAGCUUGACGCGUUUUUUUCUCGUUAGAGGGACCUCCGAAGGUCCGUUCAGCAAGUUUAUUCAUUCCACACAAAUAAGCAUAUGAGAAAACGAGAAUAAAAACAAAUGUUCGAUAAUAAAUUUGUAAUUUGAUGUAUGAAUGAAGCGUCUCGCCUUCUUUUAAUUCGUGAUUCAACGCGGUGAAUCACGACUCGGCCAUACGUGUAUUUAAGUUUUACGAUCGCAGUCACACAGGAUCUGUGGCGCCAUCCAGUGGUUUAAAAGUCAUUUUAAAAUUAUCGUGCUAGUGCGGUAUUUGUAUUAGUAUAAAGUUGUAUGUCUACUUUAUCAAUGAAACCGGAAAUUUGCCAAACUGGUAUUUACACGUAAUUUUUUAAGCACGUUCUCGCGCUUCGUUUCAAGGUUAUUUUGAACGAGAGAGUGUGAUUUUGAAAAAUGUGUCGACUAUGAUUACGCCGCCGAGUGAUAGUUCGAACGGGUUGUCAACGCCUGGAAAUAUACGCCGAGGCAAUAGCCUCAAUAUUGCCGUUUUAAAAGUUAAUGAAGAUGAAGAAUUGGGCGGCGAGUUACGGCGCACGGGCUCCCUCAGAUUAUCUCGCAGCUCGGAGAGCCCAGCACCGGAUCGUACAAGCCGCAAAGAUGAGCAUGAAAAUAAUGAGCUCGGAAGGAACGAGGCUGAUAGCAGAAAUCUGCUCGCCGUGCCGGAUGAUAAUACGAGGUCGAAGCAGCAGCAGCAGCAAGAACAAAAGGAUACGACAGCAUCGACCGUUAGUGUCGUCGUUCCUGAGGCCGGAGGAUCCCCAUCUCGUCGGGCUGCGAGACCGACGAGACAUUCAGCACCUGCGACUGUCGCACCUGCGCCUGAAUACCUCGCACGCAGUCUUCUUCAGCUCGGAUGUCCGGUCGUAUCGAUGCCGAAACCCCGUGGCGGAGUCGGGUCGGAGCAUAAUCCCCAAGCCAGCAGCGACAGCGAUGACUCCACGACCUCCCAUCAUGCUCACCACCCACAGCACCAAUCCAACAACCAGCAUCAGGCGAGCCAUGCCCACCAAACCCAGGGACAACAAACGACGAUGCACGCCGGCUAUGGAUUGCCGAAGGUUCAGGUCUCCGGACCACCAAACACGCCUGAAUCUUUGUACACCAACGGAUCUGCUGGAUCCAUAGGAGCGCGUUCGGCGCCCAGCACCCCUCUCCAGGGUGGUGUCGGCUCGACGCCACAGCAGCAACAAAAUCAACAGCAACAACAACCCCAGCAACAGCAGGCUCAGCAAAUUGGAGGAUCCCAAUUGACGGUCUCGCCACCACCAAAGAGUCCCAGUCACGCUGCGUUAAGAUGCAAGGACAGCCAACUCUCGAAGCCACUGAGUCGAAGUACGCCUUCGAUGACAGCCGGUGGCGUCACGAUUACUACGGCCAAUGUGAGCAGGUCGUCAACGAGGUCGUCACCGACAUCAACCAGCAGCGCGAGACAGAAGAAGUUUCAUCGUCAUUUUUCUCAGUCUGCAAAAUUUUCCGACCAGGUUACCGCGGACGAGAGGGUGCUCAAUUACUACAGCUGUGCACUGGUCGGGGACAUACUGUUACAGGGGCAUUUGUAUAUAACGCCCAACUACUUUGCCUUCUACAGCAACGUUUUUGGCUACGUGACAAAAUUAUUGAUACCGACGGUAUCGGUAUUGAAAAUAAGCAAAGAAAAAACAGCUAGAAUAAUACCGAAUGCAGUUGCGGUCGCAACGGUGGACGAGAGGCACGUUUUUUGUUCGCUCCUCUCGAGAGAUUCGACCUUCAAGCUAAUGAAGCAAGUAUGGGACGCAGCCCUCGAAGCCCGUGAUCCUGUUGCCAAUGUUUUGCCGCUUCCGGUUGAGGCUAAGCUUCUCACCCCUGAUCCAUCACUCGUCGAUGAUUCCGAGGUCAAUCCUGAAGAGGACGAUUCCAGCAUGUCUGAGAGCGGUACCGAUUUGACCUCGAGACCACCGACCGUUUGCACCGAUACCGAUGCCCUUACCACGAGCAUUCCCAGGCUCAGUUUGCCAUCCUCGAGGCUGGAGCAGAUAGCAAUGCCAAAAAUGAUACCGCCUGAGAACAAUACGAGAAUGGGUGGCCUGAGAUCGUUGAUAUGGUGCGAAAUGAGGCCAGCUACGAUAAUCGCCAUACUCGUUGCUCUCCUCGCGGCUCUCUACGUUUCGGCAGCCCUCAUGAUGCUACGAAUAGACAGAUUGCACACUGCAUAUAUCAAUCAUCCUCUCGCCUCACCAGAAAGAUUUACUCAGGAUCGUCUUAUGCAGUAUUUAACUUCAAACCUCGAUCAAAUCGUCAAGGUCAGGCAGAGCCUCCAGACUCUGUCGCAGCAGUUCGUAACGAUGGAUCGUGAGAGCGAGGCAGGUGUAUCUGGUGUAUCCGGAGUAUCCGGUGGCCCGAUCGAGGCGGACGAAUCACCGAGUUAGCCCCGGACGUUCGACGACGAUAAAACUCAACCAAAUACUACGAGUUACCCUCGGAUCGCUAGCGUGUGAAGCGCCCGGUACUUCAUUUGGAAAAAUACACACACAACACACAGAGGCGCCCAUAAUAUAGCAAACAGAAGAAAAACGAGCAGCAGCAGAGCGCAGAGAAGAAGAAAUAAUGAAAAACCGAACAAACGGCGCGGUUCGAGAUCGCUUGGUCGUCGUGCGUAGGCAUUAAUCUCGACAUUGUGUCCUUAGAGCCCGUUAGGCUCUGCGCGAAGAGUUAGGCAGCUCGCUAAAACAGAAUUGAGAGUCAAAAGAGUGAAAGAAGCAAAAAAAAACAGAAUAUAAUAGACGCGUUCAUUUGAGAGAAUAAAGUAAAACGUAAAACUCUCUAAGGUGAUUCGUGGAAAAUUUAUGUAUACCCGUUAGCCAGGGAUCGCGUAGACCGAGGAGUCGCAAUGGGCUUUUAUAGGCUGCUUGGGUCACGGGCAAUUAUAAUAAGAUACGACGAAAUUUAAGUUUUUUUUUUCUCUCGAAAAUUCGUCAACUUCGGAUCAAGGCCGAAAUAUUUGUUGACGAAUCUUCGAACGUUUUCUCGGGCACGCGAUCGGGGGGAAUGCGAAAAAAAAAUUCUCUUAUUCUUUUGUUGGUACUAGUCACGCGUUAUCGAAUGAAUAAAAAAAUAAAAUAAAAUAAUAAGGAAAAGAAAAAGAAAAAAAGAUAAUAUUUAGGUAUAAUACACAUACAUAAAGUGCAAUAUGUAUGUCGGUGUAUAUCUCGGGGUGUGAAUGUUGUACGAGGCCUCCUACGCCAAAUCGACUUUUUUGGCUCUUGAAUUUGCUCCCACAACCGCCAUUUUGUAAUGCCUUGUUUGAGCGAAAUUUUCAACGUCAUUAUUGAUCGAUGAUUUUGAUUCACGUUCAUUUACAAAACGUUCUCUCCAACGUUUCCUUAUCGGCGCCACUUUCAUCUCGAAUCGUCAGCUAUUAUUUCACUGCAAAAAGUCAUUGAAAAUUGAAGGCAAUCGCGGUACCGUCGAUAAAUUAUGGGUGCACCUCGACAACGGUACGAGCCCAACUCGAAGCUUAGUCGAGCCAACCGAAAGUUCCUUAAACUGCUGCGACGAAGCGUUUUUAAAUUGAGUCUCCCGACGUAUAUCCGAGAGAGGCAAAAGAGUAAUGCACAAAAUGGCGGACUCGAGAAACACGUCGAAAUGGCGUUGAAUGCCCAACGUACAUACAUGUUUAUUAAAGUCGUAGAUAAAAAAAAAAAAAACAAAAAAAACACAAAAAACAAAGAAAAAUGCAUAUUCCGCAGAUAACCUGUCCGUUAUAUUAUGUAUUUUCAGCUAGUCCGGCACUACCAUUGCUAAACAAUAACGAUUAUAAUAUUAUUACUUACGAAGAAGCAGGAAAUGAAGAACAAAAGUAAAGCCCAAUCACGAGAUAUGAUAAAGGGAAUGGGGAGGGGCGGAAAAUGAUCGGGUUAUCAAUGAUUUAAGAAGGUUAUCUUUCCAUAUGAUUGCGAUAUAUGUUUUAUUCCAUACUCGGUACAAUGAUGGGGCGGGGAAGUAAGCAGAAUGAAAAGAUUUGUCGUAUAAAUAAAAAACCGCGGCCGGGCUGUCGGAAAAUGUUUGCAAACACACACACGGGGAAGAGCAUUAUAGAAAAAGAAUAAAAAACAAAAUAAUAUAUAGAAAAAUAAGGGGUUCGUGAAAACCGAUGUACCUGCAAACGAAGCCUGUGGCCGAGAGCCACGCUCGCGCUGUUCGCGCACCGAUACGCUCUCUUUCGCAAGAGUAUAGGCAAAAAGUGCGAACAUUAUGCGAGGGUAUAUGGAAAGAACGGAACUGGAUUUGGAAACAAUAGCCCAGACUCAAAAAAAAAAAAGAAGGAAUAAAAAACGAAACAAAUAAUACGGAAACGAUGAGAAAAGGCGGUUGACUGUGAUAAUACGAUUGACGUUGUGGAAGCCUCGGGCGGAAGUAGACUGCGUUCGACUAGGCCGUGAAGCGCGUUACGAUUGCACACACAUUGCCAAGAGCCUUCGAACGGAGUCGACGUUCGCCACGACGCCAGCGUGGGUUUAAGAAAAGUGCUGUUAUAUUGAUUAGCCAAUAUUUGAUGUAAUUAUUAAUAUUUAGACUAAUCGUCGAAUGAAAACAAAACAAGGAAAGAUACGGAAAAACAAAAAAUUGUUUCUCGCUCGUGAUUGAUUGUAUUGUUUCAUCACGUUGUAAAACGUGCUAUAUUUGCACGAGUUCCAUCGUUUAUUUAACAGUGUUGCGAUUGCGAGUUACUUCUUUUCUUUAUUUCUCCUAAUUUCCAAUGUCGUUGGUUAUUUUUCGCUAGGCUAUGUACGAUUAUUCAAUAUUUAAGCCAGUUAUUAAACAUUUUUUUUUCUUCAAAGAGAAAAAGAAACACCAAUUUUUUCAUCAAAUUGCGAUGCUAAAUAAAUGCAAAGGACGAAUAAUAGCUCGGUAUCAAGUGCCAUGGAAUCUGCGGGGCUGAAUGAAAUUGCACGACUUUGUAUUCGAACUUUUUCAAAAUGCACGAACCUGCAAAUGAACAGAAAACACACACCGGGACGUUGACUCAACUGUACGCAGGAUUUAUCAUAAUUAUAUAUUUUUUUCUUUCGAACAAGUCUGAUGAAAUACAUGUGUCUGUGCCAAAUUUCGAUGAAAACAAAAAGUAUGAAACAGUUACGGCUAAAUGAUUUCGCUCGAAUCAAGAGAGCACGCGUCUCUCUUAAAGUCGUUUUCUUUUUUAUGGAAAAUCAAUGAUUACAAAUUACAGACGAUAGAAAUCCGCUACUAAAAAAACGCCCGUUUCCGCAGUCAUUAGAGAUUUAUUACUCCACUUUAAGUGUCGUUAAUAUGUGUGUGUGCGCGCGUGUGUGUGUGUAUUUUUUUUCGUCAGUUAUUGAUUUAGGUACGAUGACUACUUGCCUUAAAUGUGAAAUGUUUUUAGACUUUUAGAAGGGUGCUCAAUUCACGGUCCAUUUUUUCUUAGGGUAACACGUCCUAUAUUCUGUAUAACGAUAAACAAAACAAAAAAUCAUUUAAUCGAUGAUCGAUAUACAUAUGCACUUAUGUAUACAGGGUCUUCCCGUUAUUUCCGGUCUUUACCUUAAACUUCGGUACUCGCUCAAAAGGCUUGUGCCAUUUUAGGCAUAAUUACGAAUCUGAAACCUCGUGGAGCAGAAAGUUUACAACAAAAAAGUUUGUGACCAUUGUUUCCCCAUUUUUGAAACAUUGGUCUCGAGAGUACGUUGAAACACACACAUUUUUUAUUAAAAAAAUGUUCUGCUCUAAAAGUUUGAUUUUGUUUUUUGCAUCUUUGGUCUAACAUUUUGACACGAACGAUCGGUAGCUCUUUAUUUUGAGCUGAUGAGAAGACGGCUUCGAAAUUUUCGCCUCAACCUGGUCGAGCUCGGGAAACCCUGUAUAUCAAUGUAUAUGUAUAUUUGUGUAUAUAUAAAGAUACGUGUUCUCUGUGAGUUUUUCCCAUGCGAAAAUAAUGAGAGAACGAGAGAACGGGAUUGAAGUAACUAAACGAAAACAAAUCACCAGAUGGGAGUGUACCUACAGGCGCCAUCUAGAUGCAGCCACAAUUUCAAAAAAAAAAAAAAAAAGAAAAUGAAAAGUUAUAAAUGCGAAAUGGAAAGAUAAAUAAUAAUCACAGAUGUGAACUAUCGCACACCAGCUGUAACAGUAAUAAGGCGGCCGGACCAGAUCUAAAUCCAGUUUGGAUUGAGAUUUCCAUUAAUUAUUCGUUUCUUAUAAAUAAAGUACGAAAAAUAAAUGAAUGAAAAAAAGCGUCGUUCGAGGUGGGCCGAUUGUUUUUUUUUUUUUUUGUUUUUUCAACCAACCAGAUCACUCUCAUCGACGUUCGAAUGAAUUCCAUCAAACUACGAAUUAUGUGAGGAAGUUCAACGAGCGAUAAGCGAUUCUCCGCGUUUUUUUUUUUUUUUUUUUUUUUUUUUUUCAUUUCAGAACUAAAGUCGAGCUCAGUUCGCAAUGAAUGUCAAAGAAAAAUGCUUGCGUUCGGCAUCAAUUAGGAAUUCUGCGGUCUCGCUAAUAAGAGAGCGAUAUAUUAUUGUAUCUCGGAGGGAAGCACACAAUUAAAGCCAGCUAACCUAGUGUCUUAAUUUGCAAAACGAUUAGAUAACGUUUAAUCACGAAUUUCUCAGCUUCCUUUUUCGUUUUUUCUUUGUUCGCAAAGUGUAAUUAAGUUUGUCAGAAUCGCACUGAGCAAAUAAAUUAUUUUCAAGAGGCUAAA